AUGACCAACACCCCCCACUACCUCCCCGUCCUCCGCAACGGCGCCAAGUACGGCCACCAGACCCUCGUCGACGGUGUCCUCCAGGAUGGUCUCACCGACGCUUACGGCAAGAAGGAACACAUGGGUAUGGCCGCUGAGCUCUGUGCUAAGGACCACGACAUCAGCCGCGAGCAACAGGACGAAUACGCUAUCAAGACCUACCAGAAGGCCCAGGCCGCCACCGAGGCCGGAAUCUUCGCUAAGGAGAUCGCCCCCAUCGAGGUCUCUGGUGGCCGUGGCAAGCCCGCUAUUAAGGUCGACCGUGACGACGAGGUCAAGAACCUCAACGUCGACAAGCUCAAGGCCAUGCGCCCCGCUUUCGUGCCCAACGGGGGCACCGUUACGGCCCCCAACGCCGCCCCCCUCAACGAUGGUGCUGCCGCCGUUGUCCUCAUGUCUGAGGCAAAGGUCAAGGAGCUCGGCGUCACUCCCAUUGCCAAGAUCCGCGGCUGGGCCGACGCUGCCCGCGAGCCCGAGCGCUUCACUAUUGCUCCCGCCCUGGCCAUCCCUAAGGCUAUCAAGCACGCUGGUCUCACUGAGAAGGAUAUUGACUUUUACGAGAUCAACGAGGCUUUCUCCGUUGUUGCCCUCGCCAACAUUAAGCUCCUGAACCUGGAUCCCGAAACUGUCAACGUCUUUGGUGGCGCCGUUGCCAUUGGACACCCUCUGGGCUGCUCUGGAGCCCGUAUUGUUACCACCCUCUCGACCGUCCUCCGCGAGAAGAAGGCCAAGAUCGGUGUUGCUGGUAUCUGCAACGGUGGUGGUGGCGCCUCUGCCAUUGUCAUUGAGAACCUGCAAUAG